UGAACGUGAUUUCGUAUUUUUGUCCUUGUCUCAUUGUAACUAUUAUAUUUGCAAAUUAUAACAAAAUUACUCAUCCAUGAGAAAUAUCUAGUUAAAACUAACUUGUCUGAGAUGAAAAUUAAAUUUUUUGUAGAGUCGUGUCAAUAAGAUACAAGAAUAAGAUAAUUGCCGACGCUUUGUCUAGUCAUAUGUUUAAUCGCGAUUCGAGUUGUUUACUUUAAGAUAUCAAAUUGAGUAUAUAGUGUGUAUUUUCGUACGAUUUAUGAAGCAGUAGAUAGUUUUUUUGCAAUGUCUGACAGUGGGGAUAGUGAUAUUACUUGGAUAUUUUACAAGGACCGCCCAGAAUGGAGCGAUGUUACACCAGUACCAGAAAACGAUGGUUCCAAACCAGUUGUUGUAAUAGCACAUUCUGAGAAAUUUGAAGAUGUAUAUGACUAUUUCCGAGCUAUUUUGCAAACAAAUGAAAAGUCUGAACGGGCUCUACAGUUGACUAAAGAUGCAGUGGAGUUAAACCCAGCUAAUUAUACCGUCUGGCAAUACAGAAGAGAUUUGCUUCAAGCAUUAGGUAGUGAUCUGAGAACUGAACUGGAUUAUGUUGAAGCAGUUAUAAAACAAUCACCUAAAAACUAUCAAGUAUGGCAUCACCGGCGAGUGCUAGUAGAAUGGCUGCAAGAUUCAGAUUUGGAAUUGGAUUUAACUCAUGAUGCAUUAUUACAAGAUCCUAAAAAUUAUCAUGCAUGGCAACACAGGCAAUGGGCUAUUAAGACUUUUGGGUUAUUUGAGAAAGAAAUGGAGUUUGUUGAUAAUCUUAUCUUGGAUGAUGUCCGCAACAAUUCGGCUUGGAACCAACGCUACUUCGUUAUGAACAACCAUCUUGGCUGGUCAGAUAUGAAUGUUCAGAAAGAAAUUUGUUAUACAUUGGAAAAGAUUAAGUUUGUGAAAAACAAUGAAAGUGCAUGGAAUUACUUACGAGGUGUAUUACUGCACGAUCCAAAAGGACUGAGCGGUAACACUAAUGUCACAUUGUUUUGUGAAGAAUUGUACUCGGACAAAUGCCGUUCACCAUACCUACUGGCAUUUUUGAUAGAUGUAUGUGAUGAAGCAAUUAAAAAAGGAGAAAUCAACUCUUUGUAUAAUGCUGAAAGAGCGUUAGACUUUUGUCAGGCAUUAGCAUCUAAGUAUGACAAAAUCAGAAGCAAGUAUUGGAGUUUCAUAGCAGAAAAGUUUCGAAAAUAUCAAUCUAAUCAGAAUUAAUGGAUUAAAUUAUUAUGGGGGGAAAGAGUUCUAUAAUUUAUGAUAUUGUUUUUUG